AUGCCGACCAGUCCUCGCCCCUCAGCGGGGCGCUACGGCCAGGCCGGCCAGCUCUUCACCAAGCAGACCCAGGCCAUCUUCUACAACUGGUUCCAAAAGGUGUUUUUCGGCGCAGAGGAGGUUGCCAUCCCGCAGUAUGGCUCCACGGCGGAGGCCGCAAAGGCCCAUCCCAAGGCCGACGUUUUCAUCAACAUGGCUUCCUUCCGCAGCGCGUACGAGUCGACGCUGGAGGCGCUGCAGCUGCCCACCAUCCGCACGGUGGCGGUGAUCGCGGAGGGCGUGCCCGAGCGCGACACGAAGCACCUGAUUGCCGUCGCGCGGCGCGGGAACAAGGUGGUGCUGGGCCCGGCCACGGUGGGCGGCGUGCAGGCGGGUGCCUUCAAGAUCGCCGACGCGGCGGGCACCCUGGACAACAUCCUGGCCUGCCGCCUGUACCGCCCCGGGUGCGUCGGCUUCGUGUCCAAGUCCGGGGGAAUGAGCAACGAGCUGUACAACGUCAUCGCGCGCGCCGCCGACGGCGUGUACGAGGGCGUGGCCAUCGGCGGCGACGCCUUCCCGGGGUCGACCCUCUCCGACCACUGCCUGCGCUACCAGAACAUCCCGGGCGUGGCCAUGAUCGUGGUGCUGGGCGAGAUCGGGGGCCGGGACGAGUACUCGCUGGUCGAGGCGCUGGCCUCCGGCGCCAUCACCAAGCCCGUGGUGGCCUGGGUGUCGGGGACCUGCGCGACCCUCUUCGCCACUGAGGUCCAGUUCGGGCACGCGGGCGCAAAGUCCGGCGGCGACGACGAGUCGGCGCAGGCCAAGAACGCCGCGCUGGCGGCCGCCGGCGCGGUCGUCCCGGCCUCCUUUGAGGACCUGGAGGCCACCAUCGCGCGCGUGUACAGGGGGCUGGUGGACGCCGGGCGCGUGACGCCGGCGCGGGACGACCCACCGCCGGCCGUGCCAGAGGACCUGGCCGCCGCCAAGCGCGCGGGGCGCGUGCGCGUCCCCACCCACGUGGUCAGCUCCAUCUGCGACGACCGCGGGGAGGAGCCCACCUACAACGGCGUCUCUAUGUCGGAGCUCAUGCAGGGCGACGCCACCGUGGCCGACGCCAUUGGGCUGCUGUGGUUCAAGCGUCGCCUGCCCGGGUACGCCACCAAGUUCAUCGAGAUGUGCGUGGUGCUCUGCGCCGACCACGGCCCCUGUGUGUCGGGGGCACACAACACCAUCGUGACGGCACGUGCGGGGAAGGACCUCAUCUCCUCCCUCGUCUCGGGCCUGCUCACCAUCGGGCCGCGGUUCGGCGGUGCCAUCGACGGCGCCGCACAGUAUUUCAAGGAGGCCGUGGACGAGGGCUGGGAGCCGGACGAAUUUGUGGAGAAGAUGAAGAAGCGGGGGAUCAGGGUGCCUGGCAUUGGGCACAGGAUCAAGAGCAAGGACAACCGCGACAAGCGGGUGGAGCUGCUGCAGAGGUACGCCCGCACCCACUUCCCCUCCACCCGGUACCUGGACUAUGCUGUCGAGGUGGAGGGGUAUACCCUGCAAAAGGCCGCCAACCUCGUCCUGAACGUCGAUGGCUGCAUCGUCGGUAUGUUCACCAAGGUGGAAAUCGACAGCAUUGUGAAGAUUGGGUACCUGAAUGGCCUGUUUGUGCUGGCCAGGACCAUUGGUCUGAUCGGGCACUGCCUCGAUCAGAAGCGGCUGGGCCAGCCUCUGUACCGCCACCCCUGGGACGAUGUCCUCUACACCAAGUAG